AUACACGAACAAAUACCACAGGAUUCCUGUUUUCGGUAUCCGCUGCCGGCUCAGGCGUGCUACUCCGACGGGGCGCUCCCCCCGAAGCCGCUAGCUAUUUCUGCACUCAUCGCCGGCGCCCGUUCGUUUCUUUCUUAUCGCGCAAGUUGAUUCGGACUCGCACUCGUCGCCGGAUCAAGGAACCGAACCGCUUUCUCCCCAAAUCCCCGCUCCCCCGAAAAAAAUCUUCGGAAAAGGAAACACCGAGAUCGGGCGAAGAUGGCGGCGAGGCGGCUGGGCGGCGCGGGCCGCGCGCUGCUGUCGCUGCCCAACGUCCGGAGGCGGGCGUCCAACUCCUGGUCCGCCGUCCGCGACACCUUCUUCUCCACCAAGGAAGUGUUCGAGAGCCACCGCGUCGUGUUCACCGUCGGCACCUCCAUCGCCUCCGUCCUCACCGCAUGGGCCGGUUAUUCUUUUCGUCAUAUGCAGCAAGCAAAGAUUGACCAGAGGCUUCAUUCAAUUGAGCAAUCUUUGCGGGAUACUCACAAAGUUGAACAUGACGAGAUAAAAAAGAUUGUCACUUCCAAUAAUAUUAGCACCCCAGCUUGUAUAGCCACUGCAUUGACAACUUCGGUUGUUGGGUACGCCCUAGGGUGGCGGGGCGGAGCUUGGUACACCCGAAGGGUCUUCCGGAGAGAGCAGCAGAAGCUGAUGGGCCAAAUAAAGUCGCAAACCCGAUGGCAGUGGCGGCCUUUCAGCAAGCUGAGGACCAGGCUCAGGAGCAGCCGGCAUGCCUCCAAGAGCUCCGACGCCCCUCGACCGUCAACCCAUGGUGCCUCUGAGACCCCCGCAGCUGCGAGUAGCGUGGCCUCUGCGAACGCCACCAGGAACUCCCAGGCAGCAGCUGGCUGCAGUUGACUACCUCGAUAACACGAAGUUUUGAACAAAACAGUCCAUGUGGUUGCAAAAUGAAGCAGGUUCAUAUGGCUGGAACUAGUCUGUCCAAAUCCGAUGGUGGAUAAUUUGUAGCCUUACAACGACGUAGCUGACUUAUCAACGAUGAAGUAUCGUUUACCAGUCCUCCGCUGACGUACUGUAUCGUUUACUAAUCCCUGGCUCCCGGCAAAACCAUACUGUAUACAGUAUGUCUUGCUCUUGUUAUUACCAUGCUGUUUGUACAAGUGUUAAGUGUGGCUGGUUGCCUCGUCGAGGCUCUUCUAUC